GAGAAUUAGUUUCUGUUUUGAAUCCAAGCAGAGUAGUAGUCUAGGUUAUAAAAAUUAACCUAAAGUAAAUAAUAACUUUUAAGUUUAUUCAUAAGCAAGUGAAUUAAUAAAAGUUUGAAUAAAAUAAAAUAAUAAUAAUGGCGAGUGAAAAUGAUUCAGUUUACGGUACAACUUUGUCCCAGGAGUCAAUGAAAGUAAUCGCCGAGAGUAUCGGCGUUGGAAACCUUCCUGACGAAGCCGCUAAAGAUCUUGCUGAGGAUGUCAGUUAUCGACUUAAAGAAAUAAUUCAGGAUGCAGCGAAAUUUAUGCGCCAUGGAAAACGUCAAAAGUUAACGACCCAUGACAUAGAUCAUGCACUAAAAAUAAAAAACAUCGAACCGACUUAUGGAUUCUUUGCAAAAGAUCAUAUUCCGUUUCGAUUUGCAUCAGGUGGUGGUCGUGAGCUGCAUUUUGUUGAGGACAAAGAACUAGAUUUACAAGACAUGAUAUCUGUAGCUGGGGGUCCAUCGUGGCCAAAAUUACCUCUAGAUGUGACACUAAGAGCGCAUUGGCUUUGUAUUGAUGGAGUCCAGCCGACGAUUCCUGAAAAUCCACCCCCGGUUUCUAAAGACGUUCAAAAGAUUGAAAGUGUCGAUCCAACCGCCAAACUAGUGGCCAAAACCACAAAUGUCGGCGUCGGCAAACCCGGCGGUGGAGGCAAAGGUCACAAACUUCGUAAUGUCGAAACCGUCCACGUAAAACAAUUAGCGACUCACGAGUUGAGUGUCGAGCAACAAUUGUACUACAAAGAAAUCACAGAGGCUUGCGUGGGUUCCGACGAAGCACGUAGAGCCGAGGCACUUCAGUCGCUUUCAGCAGACCCAGGGUUGCAUGAAAUGCUAGCGCGGAUGUGUACAUUUAUUGCCGAAGGUGUUCGCGUUAAUGUUGUACAAAAUAAUCUGGCAUUAUUGAUUUAUCUGAUGAGAAUGGUCAAGGCAUUGAUCGACAAUCCGAGCUUGUACUUGGAAAAAUAUCUUCACGAACUUAUUCCGUCCGUUGCUACGUGUAUUGUCUCAAAACAAUUGUGUAUGAGACCUGAAAUGGACAAUCACUGGGCAUUGCGUGACUUUGCGUCCCGAUUGAUGGGUCAAAUUUGUCGUAAUUUCAACACUUCAACUAAUAAUGUUCAGACUCGUGUUACGAGAAUGUUCAGUCAUGCGUUAACUAAAAAUAAUCAAACUCCUUUGGCUUCACUUUACGGUGCAAUAAGUGGUCUAUGUGAAUUGGGACCGGAAGUAAUAAAAGCUCUGGUGAUACCAAAAAUAAAAUCGAUAUCUGAUCGUAUUGAAACUUCUGGCGAAGGAUUGACAUCAAAUAUUGAUAAGAAUGCAGCUGGACACAUUAAGACUGUUCUAGUGAAAACUGUAGCCCCAAUUUUGAAAACAAUCCGCUCACCCCCGGACUUUGUGGAAGACUAUAAACUCGACUAUGGUUACGUGGGUCCAGCAUUGUGUUCAGCAGUAGCUAAAGCCCGUACUCAACCGAUUACAACAACAGUUACUCCAACAGCUGUGGGUUUGACGGGUAAUCAGCAACAAAAUCCUACUAUCAGCAACAAGAGCUUAGUUCAAAAUGAACAUAUCCCAGUGACGAAUCCAAGUCCGAAUCAACAACGAACGAUAGUAGUUGGUACUGGUAGAAAUCCGACGGUAAGUUCAGCUGCUGGUGGAAAGUAUGUUAUUUUGCAAUCAAGAUCUCAAACGCCAACGAAUACAACAAUCCAACAACAGCAGCAGCAACCAACCCAACAACAACCUCCGCAGCCAGUAAAAGCCAUGCCUAGUAAUGUCAAUGUUCAGCAAAAAUCACAAAUACAACCUAAUCCAUCUAAACUAGUUGUUGUGUGUAUGGCUAACACGAGUCAUGCGAACACUCCAACUGUUUCUCAAGUGACGUCACUUAAUUCAAAACCACAAAAUGUUUUGAUAACGCAAACAAGUACCGAGCGAUCACUCAGUCCGGAAGAUCAAUCGUUUAUGUGAUUUACUCAAAAAUUUAAAUCAAAUUUUUAUAAUUUUAUUUAGUUUAAUUAAUUUUAUUAAUCAAUUUAUUGUAUAGAUAUAUAAAUUUUUAAGAGCAGAGAUAAUAAAUUAAAAAUAAAAAAUUUUUGUGA